GGUGCGCUCGCUCCCAAUGGCAGUGACAUCUUCUCACCUUCCCGCACCAGCGCUAGGUUGAAUCUCUCCGCAUCUUUACCGCAAAGCAGAGCUCGUCAACAUGGCCAAAGGAGCAUCCAAGCGGAUCUCCUCGCAGAACGCCUCCUCCCUCACGCUCCUCUUCCGAGGCUUCCUCAUCACCAAUCUCCUUCAGAUUCUCUCCCUCACUCUCCUCACCCCGGGCUACCGUCGUCGCUCCUCUUCGUACAAGUGGGACAUCAUCAAGUAUGUCCUGACCGAGGCCAUUGCUGCUGGUCUGGGGUUGGUGAUGAGGGACAUGGCCAAGAAGGGGGAUGAUCUUAGCGCGGAAGGAUUGACGGCACUCAUGUGGGACGUCGUCUUUGUGACUUGGGCAGUGCAUGUUGGUACGGCACUGAUCUGGAGGAGGUUCUGGUGGCUGUAUGCCGUGAUUCCCCUCUACUCAACGUAUCUGGCAUACUCGAAGCUCAUCGUCCCCUUCCUGUUCCGAGGCGCAGAUCCAAUCGCCUCCUUAUUCUCGGCCGUCACAGGUCGUGCAGCGCCUCGAAAUGCAGGCCCAGCUCAGGGCACCGGGGAGGAGAAGACCGAAACCCUCAGCAAGAGGCAGCAGAAGCUGGCAGCUCGGGCUGAUCGCGGAGACGCUCGAGUGCAGAGGAGGGAGGUGAAACGGGGCUAGAUCAGGGCAUGGAGAAGUCUUCAGUGCACCAAGGACAGUAUAGGAAUGAUGAAACGAUGU